AUGGCAACAUUUUAUCACCGAACUAAACCUUCCCAGUGAGUACCUACAUUUUUAUGCUAACUAUGUUUUCAAAAGUAGGUAUAAGUAAUGUGAUGAGUUACGUGAAAAAUGGCAAAUUUUGAUUCGAAGAUUUCUCGAGAGAAAUACGUGAAAUGUGUAAUCGGUCAAACGUAUUUUUUAGCCGGAUGUGGAUACGCGUUCUCUGCUUUACUUAUUCCUAAACUAUCGAAAGACUCCGUAUUAUCUGACGAAGCAGUCGCUUGGAUAGCAUCAUCUGGAAUACUUUUACGAUCGUUCGUCGGUGGCUUGAGUUUGUAUUUGAUAGAUUCAAUCGGACGACGAGGAACAAUACGACUGAAAACUCUGCUAAUAGCUGUAGGAUGGAUCAUUUCGAGCGUAUCCUCAAAUACAGGUGUUUUCUGUACAGGAAGAAUAAUCACAAGUCUAGGAUUAGGUUUCAUCGCCGAUAACGUAGCUUACAUCUCAGAAACAUGUUCGAAACACCAUAUCAGCAAAACAGUUUCGUUAGCAGCUUCUUACACGACAGCAGGGAUCGUUUUCUCGAACCUAUUACAGUAUUACUUCAGUUGGAAAACAUCUUCGUUCGUAAUAGCCAUCGUAUCGAUCGUAGUCCUAUUCCAAUCGUACACGAUCCCUGAAACAAAAUACUGGUACAUGAUGAAAAGUCGAAGACGCGAGGCAAUCAUGACUACAUUAUGGUUCGAGAAAACCAAAUCCGUCCAAACUAUUCAAGAAGAGCUGAACAUAAUCGAACGUACCAUACUCAGCAGCCAGGACACCAAUUUGCUAAAAAUUCUAUGCGAUUCGUCUCUAAUUAAACCACUGAGCAUAUAUGUGAUCAUCAUCAUCACUCGAAUAGGUACCGGGUACCUUAUUUUCGUCCAUUACGCGGCUACAUUUUUCCAAGACUUGAAUACAAAGUACAAUGCGGAUAACUUGACCAUUUUCAUAUCGUUCUUCAAUUUCGCCUUCACAGCACUCUAUCCAACGUUGAUAAAAAUAUGCAAACAGAGAAAUAUAUUGAUAGUUAGUUCAACGAUCAUGAUACUCGUUAUAGGAGUAGCUAACGCUUACCAAAUUAUGUUCCAUACGAGCACCCAGCCAUUCUCUUGGAUACCGGUGACUUGUCUGUUCGUUUACAUGACUAUAAAUGUGGCCUUUUUUGAUCCUACCAUCUCGAUCGUGCUUUCCGAACUGUUUCCUAAAUCAACCCAACAAUAUAUAUCUAUUCUACAUUACGCUAUCGAGUACAAGUUAUCGUUAGUUUACGUUUUCGCGUUUCCGGCCACCGUAGCGAAGUAUGGCAUCGAAUCUCUGCUAUGGUUUUUCUUCGUGAAUAGCUUGGUAUGCUUCGUGGUUACCAUACAUUUCACCUCAGUUGGUAAUAAUCCUUCGAAAUACGAAUGUAUCACGUUGUUCGAGAACGAUCAAGGUAAUCCGAAGAAAGUUGAUCAACGGGAGCUGCUGCAGUCGAUGAUUGAAGAAGAUAAUUCCAAUUGAUACAAGAUACGAUGGGGGCGACGAAUACCUAUCUAACAAUACUCAAGGUUCUUGAUGAGAUGAUCAAUGGCAUCGUGUGGUGAUUUUCGAAGUGAUGAUAGGAUCUGGAUUACCUGUAAAAAUAAAAUCGAGAAAGUGUAUUAAUUUUACAUCUAAAUUAAAACCGAAGAAAUUCAAAUAUUAUAAUGAGCUAAUAUAUUAUCAACACAGUCUUCGAA